CCUCAAACCCCCCUCUCCCUCCCUCAUUGUCUGACAUAAAAGGAGUUGUGUCCAAACGCUCUGCACUCACUCCUCUCCAGCCAGAGCAGUACAACAGCAGCCUCCGUCACCAUGACCUCCUUCUCAAACCGCAGCUUCGUGGCCUCUGGUGGAUCCAUGAGAAUGGGCUACCUUCGCUAUUCCGGUGGUAGCAUGGGAGAUGGACAUAUCAGCGCCAUGAGGGCCGGCAGCAUGUACGGGGCUGCAGGUGGCUCUGGGGUGCGCAUCUCCAAUGCCUCCAACACCUACUCUGCUGGUGGUGGUUUUGGCAUGGGUGGUAGGGCUGGUGGCUUCAACGUGUCUGAUGCUGUCCAUGUGAACGAGAACAAGAAAGCCACCAUGCAGAACCUGAACGACCGUCUGUCCACCUACCUGGACAAGGUCCACUCCCUGGAGAAGGCCAACGCUGAUCUGGAGCAGAAGAUCUGCAUGUUCCUGGAGGCCAGGAUCAAGACAGAAUCUCAUGACUGCACUGCCUUCAAGGUCACCAUCCAUGAACUCCAAGACAGGGUAAGGCCACCAAUUCCAGGCUUAGAUACUAUAAGAUUAACCUCUGGCAGAAAGUACUAUAUAGCAAAUAAGUAACAUUGUACAUUAGAAGAUAGAUUAGUGUACAGUCAAUAUGAAAAUUAUAGAUAAGUUUAAAGCAAAUGCACACUGGGUUUUUUCAAUGACAAUUCUGUUCCAGAACAACGUAAUGGUUUAUGUAUUUUUAAGGGUGUGGUUGUGGAGGGGUUAACUUAGUUUGUUUAGGAACGGGCAGUUGCUCAGAUUUGACUACUUGCCCCAAUAAUGCACAAUGUUUGUGAAUAUGAGCUACAUCAGCUCGAAGAGAUUCUAGACAAAGAUAAAGUAGAGUAGUUUCCUGUAAAUUGCUCUGGAUAAGAGCGUCUGCUAAAUUACUAAAAUGUAAAUGUAAUAAUCCACCCAAAAAAUCUGAGACAUACCUCUGUGCCCUCUUUCAGAUCUUUGAUUCCACUCGUUUGAAUGGAGGAAUCUACCUGGCCAUUGACAAUGCUAAGCUGGCCGCAGAUGACUUUAAAACAAAGUGUCUGAGAAUAACUGAUACAGAACAACAGCAGGGUGGGACUAAAGGCCAUUUCAUGUUCUGCCUAGCCAGAUUAUUAUUAAAACAAAUUCUUACAAUAAUGUUGAAAUCAAUCAGUAAUUUAGACAAUAAACAUACACAUGGUGUAAAGUACUUAAGUAAAAAUACUUUAAAGUAUUACUUACAGUGCCUUAUUUACAUAAGCUAUGAGACUUAAAAUUGAGCUCAGGUGCAUCCUGUUUCCAUUGAUUAUCCUUGAGAUGUUUCUACAACUUGAUUGGAGUCCACCUGUGGUCAAUUCAAUUGAUUGGACAUGAUUUGCAGAGGCACACACCUGUCUAUAUAAGGUCCCACAGUUGACAGUGAAUGUCAGAGCAUAAACAAAGCCAUGAGGUCGAAGGAAUUGUCCGUAGAGCUCCGAGACAGGAUUUUUCGAGGCACAGAUCUGGGAAAGGGUACCAAAAAAUGUCUGCAGCAUUGAAGGUCCCCAAGAACGCACUGGCCUCCAUCAUUCUUAAAUGGAAGAAGUUUGGAACCAUCAAGACUCUUCCUAGAGCUGGCCGCUCAGCCAAACUGAGCAAUCGGGGGAGAAGGGCCUUGGUCAGGGAGGUGACCAUGAACCCGAUGCUCACUCUGACAGAGCUCCAGAGUUCCUCUGUGGAGAUCGGGUUCCAGAAGGACAACCAUCUUUGCAGCACUCCACCAAUCAGGCCUUUAUGGUAGAAUGGCCAGACGGAAGCCACUCCUCAGUAAAAGGCACAUGACAGCCCAAUUGGAGUUUGCCAAAACAUACCUAAAGACUCUCAGACCAUGAGAAACAAGAUUCUCUGGUCUGAUGAAACCAAGAUUGAACUCUUUGGCCUGAAUGCCAAGCGUCACGUCUGGAGGAAACCUGGCACCAUCCCUACGGUGAAGCAUGGUGGUGGCAGCAUCAUGCUGUGGGGAUGUUUUUCAGCGGCAGGGACUGGGAGACUAGUCAGGAUCGAGGCAAAGAUGAACGGAGCAAAGUACAGAGAUCCUUGAUGAAAACCUGCUCCAGAGUGCUCAGGACUUCAGACUGGGGCGGAUGUUCACCUUCCAACAGGACACCAACCCUUAGCACAUAGCCAAGACUACGCAGGAGUGGCUUCGGGACAAGUCUCUGAAUGUCCUUGAGUGUGCAGUGACGCUCCCCAUCCAACCUGACAGAGCUUGAGAGGAUCUGCAGAGAAGAAUGGGAGAAACUCCCCAAAUACAGGUGUGCCAAGCUUGUAGCGUCAUACCCAAGAAGACUCGAUGCUGUAAUCACUGCCAAUGGUGCUUCAACAAAGUACUGAGUAAAGGGUCUGAAUACUUAUGUCAAUGUGAUAUUUCUGUUUUUUAUUUGUAAUAAAUUAGCAAAAAAAUCUAAACCUGUUUUUGCUUUGUCAUUAUGGGGUAUUAUGUGUAGAUUGAUGAGGGAAAAAAAUUAUUUAAUCAAUUUUAGAAUAAGGCUGUAACGUAAUUUUUUUGGGAAAAAGUCAAGGGGUCUGAAUACUUUCCGAAGGUACUGUAAGUCGUUUUUUUGGGUAACUGUACUUUACUUUACUAUUAAUAUUUUUUACAACUUUUACUUUUACUUCACUACAUUCUUAAAGAAAAUAAUGUACUUUUUACUCCAUAUAUUUUCCCUGACACCCAAAAGUACUCAUUACAUGUUGAAUGAUUAGCAGGACGGGGAAAUGACCCAAUUCAUGUACUUAUCAAGAGAACACGUGGACAUCCCUACUGCCUCUGAUCUGACAGACUCACUAAACACAAAUACAUAUUUUGUAAAUGAUGUCUGAGUGUUGGAGUGUGUCCAUGGCUAUCCGUAAAUUUAAAAAACAAGAAAAUGGUGCCGUCUGCUUUGAUUAAUAUAAGGAAUUUGAAAUUAUCUAUACUUUUACUUUUGAUACUUAAGUAUAUUUUAGCAAUUACAUUUACUUUUGAUACUUAGGUAUAUUUACAACCAAAUACUUUUAGACUUUUACUCAAGUAGUAUUUUACUGGGUGACUUUCACUUUUACUUGAGUAACUUUCCAUUAAGGUAUCUAUACUUUUACUCAAGUAUGGCAACUGGGUACUUUUUCCACCACUGCCUCUUUGUUUGCAUGAAUGAUCAGUAACAUAAAAUAGCUGACAUUAAAAAAAGUUAGAACUAAGAACCUUGUUGAUGCAUUGAUGUUACAAAGGUAUGAGAAUGAGCUGGCUAUGAGGCAGACUGUGGAGGCCGACAUCAAUAGGCUAGACGAGCUGACCUUAAUGCAGAUUGAGGGGCUGAGAGAGGAGUUGACCCACCUCAAGAUGAACCAUGAGGAGGUGGGUUUGAUAAAGACCCCAAGCAGAGGCUAUGGGGUGAACAGUGUUAUGAUUAAAUAUUAGGCUACUAUGUGAUGAUGAGGCACAGGAUUGAAUAUUGACCAGAUAUACAGUUGAAGUCGGAAGUUUACAUACACUUAGGUCGGAGUCAUUGAAACUAAUAUUUCAACCACUCCACAAAUUUCUUUUCAACAAACUAUAGUUUUGGCAAGUCGGUUAGGAUAUCUACUUUGUGCAUGAAAUAAGUAAUUUUUCCAACAAUUGUUUAAAGUCAGAUUAUUACACUUAUAAUUCACUGUAUCACAAUUCCAGUGGGUCAGAAGUUUACAUACACUAAGUUGACUGUGCCUUUAAACAGCUUGGAAAAUACCAGAAAAUGAUGUCAUGGCUUUAGAGGCUUCUGAUAGGCUAAUUGACAUCAUUUGAGUCAAUUGGAGGUGUACCUGUGGAUGUAUUUCUAGGCCUACCUUCAAACUCAGUGCCUCUUUGCUUGACAUCAUGGGAAAAACAAAAGAAAUUAGCCAAGACCUCCGAAAAAUAAUUGUAGACCUCCACAAGUCUGGUUCAUCCUUGGGAGCAAUUUCCAAAUGCCUGAAGGUACCACGUUCACCUGUACAAACAAUAGUAUGCAAGUAUAAACACCAUGAGACCACGCAGCCAUCAUACCGCUCAGGAAGGAGAUGCGUUUUGUCUCCUAGAGAUGAACGUACUUUGGUGCGAAAAGUGCAAAUCAAUCCCAGAACAACAGCAAAGGACCUUGUGAAGAUGCUGGAGGAAACAGGUACAAAAGUAUCUAUAUCCACAGUAAAACGAGUCCUAUAUCGACAUAACCUGAAAGGCCGCUCAGCAAGGAAGAAGCCACUGCUCCAAAACCGCCAUAAAAAAGCCAGACUACGGUUUGCAACUCCACAUGGGGAUAAAGAUCGUAGUUUUUGGAGAAAUGUCCUCUGGUCUGAUGAAACAAAAAUAUAACUGUUUGGCCAUAAUGACCAUCGUUAUGUUUGGAGGUAAAAGGGGGUGUCUUGGAAGCCGAAGAACACCAUCCCAACCAUGAAGCAUGGGGGUGGCAGCAUCAUGCUGUGGGGGUGCUUUGCUGCAGGAGGGACUGGUGCACUUCACAAAAUAGAUGGCAUCAUGAGGAAGGAUCAUUAUGUGGAUAUAUUGAAGCAACAUCUCAAGACAUCAGUCAGGAAGUUAAAGCUUGGUCGCAAAUGUGUCUUCCAAAUGGACAAUGACCCUAAGCAUACCUCGAAAGUUGUGGCAAAAUGGCUUAAGGACAACAAAGUCAAGAUAUUGGAGUGGCCAUCACAAAGCCCUGACCUCAAUCCUAUAGAAAAUGUGUGGGCAGAACUGAAAAAGUGUGUGCGAGCAAGGAGGCCUACAAACCUGACUCAGUUACACCGGCUCUGUCAGGAGGAAUGGGCCAAAUUACACCCAAUUUAUUGUGGGAAGCUUGUGGAAGGCUACUCGAAACGUUUGACCCAAGUUAAACAAUUUAAAGGCAAUGCUACCAAAUACUAAUUGAAUGUAUGUAAACUUCUGACCCACUGGGAAUGUGAUGAAAGAAAUAAAAGCUGAAAUAAAUCGUUCUCUCUACUGUUAUUCUGACAUUUCACAUUCUUAAAAUAAAGCGGUGAUCCUAACUGACCUAAGACAGGGGAUUUUUACUAGGAUUAAAUGUCAGGAAUUGUGAAAAACUGAGUUUAAAUGUAUUUGGCUAAGGUGUAUGUAAACUUCCGACUUCAACUGUAUGUUAACGCUUUCUUCCCAGGACCUCUUGGCCACGUAUAAUCAGAUGAGCGGCCAGGUCAAUGUGGAGGUGGACGCUGCACCACAGGAAGACCUCACCAAAGUCAUGGCUGAAAUCAGCGACCACUACGAGACCGUCGCUAACAAGAACCGUAAAGAUCUUGAGGGCUGGUUCAAUGCCAAGGUAAUAAUGCGUCCUUUCUUUUUGGCCAGUGACAUGUUUAUGUUUUCCAUUUACAGUCUUCAGUGAAUGUAAUCAGUAAUGACCCCCUACGGUCUUUCAUUCACAGUCAGAAGAAAUCAACAAUGUCGUGGCAGUCAGCACAGAGACCCUCCAAUCAUCCAGAUCUGAAAUCUCUUAAGUUAAGCGCACACUGCAAAGUCUAGAAAUUAAACUCCAAUCCCAACUCAGCAUGGUGAGAGAAACUAAAAAUACAAAGUUUAAAAAUGAUAUACCUCUGCACUUACAUCCAGUCAUCUAUAAAAGUCUCUCUCUCUCUCCUCUCUCUCUACUCCUCUCUCUCUCUCUCUCCUCUCUCUCUCUCUCUCUCCUCUCUCUCUCUCUCUCUCAUCUCUCUCUCGUCUCUCUCUCUCUCUCUCUCUCUCUCAUCUCUCUCCUCUCUCUCCUCUCUCCUCUCUCUCUCUCUCUAUCUAUCUAUAUAUAUACAGUGGGGAAAAAAAGUAUUUAGUCAGCCACCAAUUGUGCAAGUUCUCCCACUUAAAAAGAUGAGAGAGGCCUGUAAUUGUCAUCAUAGGUACAUGUCAACUAUGACAGACAAACUGAGAAAAGAAAAUCCAGAAAAUCACAUUGUAGGAUUUUUAAUGAAUUUAUUUGCAAAUUAUGGUGGAAAAUAAGUAUUUUGUCACCUACAAACAAGCAAGAUUUCUGGCUCUCACAUACCUGUAACUUCUUCUUUAAGAGGCUCCUCUGUCCUCCACUCGUUACCUGUAUCAAUGGCACCUGUUUGAACUUGUUAUCAGUAUAAAAGACACCUGUCCACAACCUCAAACAGUCACACUCCAAACUCCACUAUGGCCAAGACCAAAGAGCUGUCAAAGGACACCAGAAACAAAAUUGUAGACCUGCACCAGGCUGGGAAGACUGAAUAUGCAAUAGGUAAGCAGCUUGGUUUGAAGAAAUCAACUGUGGGAGCAAUUAUUAGGAAAUGGAAGACAUACAAGACCACUGAUAAUCUCCCUCGAUCUGGGGCUCCAUGCAAGAUCUCACCCCGUGGGGUCAAAAUGAUCACAAGAACGGUGAGCAAAAAUCCCAGAACCACACGGGGGGACCUAGUGAAUGACCUGCAGAGAGCUGGGACCAAAGUAACAAAGCCUACCAUCAGUAACACACUACGCCGCCAGGGACUCAAAUGCUACAGUGCUAGACGUGUCCCCCUGCUUAAGCCAGUACAUGUCCAGGCCCGUCUGAAGUUUGCUAGAGUGCAUCCAGAAGAGGAUUGGGAGAAUGUCAUAUGGUCAGAUGAAACCAAAAUAUAACUUUUUGGUAAAAACUCAACUCGUCGUGUUUGGAGGACAAAGAAUGCUGAGUUGCAUCCAAAGAACACCAUACCUACUGUGAAGCAUGGGAGUGAAAACAUCAUACUUUGGGGCUGUUUUUCUGCAAAGGGACCAGGACGACUGAUCCGCGUAAAGGAAAGAAUGAAUGGGGCCAUGUAUCGUGAGAUUUUGAGUGAAAACCUCCUUCCAUCAGCAAGGGCAUUGAAGAUGAAACGUGGCUGGGUCUUUCAGCAUGACAAUGAUCCCAAACACACCGCCCGGGCAACGAAGGAGUGGCUUCGUAAGAAGCAUUUCAAGGUCCUGGAGUCUCCAGAUCUCAACCCCAUAGAAAAUCUUUGGAGGGAGUUGAAAGUCCGUGUUGCCAGCAGCCCAAACAUCAGCUCUAGAGAGAUCUGCAUGGAGAAUGGGCCAAAAUACAGCAACGUGUGAAAGAGAUACGAAACGUUACCUGUUCAUUGCAACAAAGGGUAAUACAAGUAGAAAACUUUGUUAUUGCCAAAACUAUAUAUAUACUUAUCCACAUCAUAUGCAAAUAAUCAUUAAAAAUCCUACACUGUGAUUUUCUGGAUUUCUUUCUAUUUGUCUCAUAUUGAGUGUCCUAUGAUGAAAAUUAGCAUCUCUCAUCUUUUAAAUGGGAUGAAUGGUGGCUACUAAACUUUUUUCCCCCAAUACUAUAUAUAUAUAUAUAUAAAGCGUCCCUGGCUGACACACAGAGCCACUACGCCAAUAUGAUGGCAGGUGACCAGCCUGGAGGACCAACUUGGUCAUCUUCGUGCUGACCUGGACCGCCAGGGCCAACAGUACAGUAUGCUACUGAACAUCAAGACCAGGCUGGAGAUGGAGAUCGCUGAGUACAGGAGGCUGCUGGACGGAGACUUUUCCAGGUUAGCCUGGAUCUUUACAUAAAUCAUUGAAAAACAAUGAAGGUCUUUCUAACAAUAUUGUCUCUGCCUCAACCGCCACCACCACCAAUACCUUUUUUAUACCUUGAUGACAGCUUUGCACGCUCUUGGCAUUCUCUUAACCAGCUUCAUGAGGUAGUCACCUGUAAUGCAUCUCAAUUAACAGGUGUGCCUUGUUAAAUGUUAAUUUGUGGAAUUUCUUUCCUUCUUAAUGCGUUUGAGACAAUCAGUUGUGUUGUGACAAGGUAGGGGUGGUAUACAGAAGAUAGCCCUAUUUGGUAAAAGACCAAGUCCAUAUUAUGGCAAGAACAGCUCAAAUAAGCAAAGAGAAACGACAGUCCAUGAUUACUUUCAGACAUGAAGGUCAGUCAAUCCGGAAAAUUUCAAGAACUUUGAAAGUUUCUUCAAGUGCAGUCGCAAAAACCAUCAAGCGCUAUGAUGAAAUUGGCUCUCAUGAGGUCCGCCACAGGAAAGGAAGACUCAGAGUUACCUCUGCUGCAGAGGAUAAGUUCAUUAGAGUUAACUGCACCUCAGAUUGCAGCCCAAAUAAAUGCUUCACAGAGUUCAAGUAACAGACACAUCUCAACAUCAACUGUUCAGAGGAGACUGCAUUAAUCAGGCCUUCAUGGUCGAACUGCUGCAAAGAAACCACUACUAAAGGACACCAAUAAUAAGAAGAGACUUGCUUGGGCCAAGAAACACGAGCAAUGCACAUUAGACCGGUGGAAAUCUGUCCUUUGGUCUGAUGAGUCCAAAUUGUACUUGUUUUGGUUCCAACCGCUGUGUCUUUGUGAGACGUAGAGUAGGUGAACGGAUGAUCUCUGCAUGUGUGGUUCCCACCAUGAAGCAUGGAGGAGGAGGUGUGAUGGUGUGGGGGUGCUUUGCUGGUGACACUGUCAGUGAUUUAUUUAGAAUUCAAGGCACACUAAACCAGCAUGGCUACCACAGCAUUCUGCAGCGAUACGCCAUCCCAUCUGGUUUGCGCUCUGUGGGACUACCAUUUGUUUUUCAACAGGACAAUGACCCAACACACCUCCAGGCUGUGUAAGGGCUAUUUGACCAAGAAGGAGAGUGAUGGAGUGCUGCAUCAGAUGACCUGGCCUCCUCAAUCCCCCGACCUCAACCCAAUUGAGAUGGUUUGGGAUGAGUUGGGCCGCAGAGUGAAGGAAAAGCAGCCAACAAGUGCUGAGCAUAUGUGGGAACUCCUUCAAGACUGUUGGAAAAGCAUUCCAGGUGAAGCUGGUUGAGAGAAUGCCAAGCGUGUGCAAAGCUGUCAUCAAGGCAAAGGGUGGCUACUAUCUAAAAUCUAAAAUAUGUUUGAUUUGUUUAACUCUUUUUCGGUUACUACAUAAUUCAUGUUAUUUCAUAGUUUUGAUUUCUUCACUAUUAUUCUACAAUGUAGAAAAUUGUAAAAAUAAAGAAAAACCCUUGAAUGAGUAGGUGUGUCCAAACUUUUGACAGGUGCUGUAUAUCAAUCAUAAUCUUUUGUGAAUUAGGCCAUAAAUCAAUAAAUUAAUUUCUGUGAAAUCUCUUUUCAAUGAAGGGAUACAUUUUCUGUCUGCAAAAACAGCACUGAAAUUACCACAUUACAAUAUUUAUAAUACUAGUAUAGUGAUUUAUAACUGUACUUUACUUUACUAUUUAUAUUUUUGUUAAAUUUUUCUUUUACUCCACUAUAUUCCUAAAGAAAAUGUACUUUUUACUCCAUACAUUUUCCCUGACACCCAAAAGUACUCAUUAUAUUUUGAAUGCUUAGCAGGACAGGAAGAUUGUCAAAUUCACACACUUAUCAAGAGAACAUCCCUGGUCAUCCCUACUGCCUCUGAUCUGGCGGACACACUAAACACAAGUGGUUUGUUUUUUUGUAAAUUAUGUCUGAGUGUUGGAGUGUACCCCUCGCUAUCCAUAAAAAUAAAAAUAAAGUUUUAAUGGUGCCAUCUGGUUUGCUUCAAGGUCCUGGAGUGGCCUAGCCAGUCUCCAGAUCUCAACCCCAUAGAAAAUCUUUGGAGGGAGUUGAAAGUCUGUGUUGCCCAGUGACAGCCCCAAAACAUCACUGCUCUAGAGGAGAUCUGCAUGGAGGAAUGGGCCAAAAUACCAGCAACAGUGUGUGAAAACCUUGUGAAGACUUACAGAAAACGUUUGACCUGUGUCAUUGCCAACAAAGGGUAUAUAACAAAGUAUUGAGAAACAUUUGUUAUUGACCAAAUACUUAUUUUCCACCAUAAUUUGCAAAUAAAUUCAUUAAAAAUCCUACAAUGUGAUUUUCUGGAAUUUUUCUUCUCAUUUUGUCUGUCAUAGUUGACGUGUACCUAUGAUGAAAAUUACAGGCCUCUGUCAUCUUUUUAAGUGGGAGAACUUGCACAAUUGGUGGCUGACUAAAUACUGUUUUUCCCCCACUGUAAUGAAUUUGAAAUUAUUAUUUAUUUUUGAUACUUCAGUAUAUUUUUGCGAUUACAUUUAAUUUAGAUUUUUAAGUAUAUUUAAAACCAAAUACUUUUAGUGUUUUACUGGUUGACUUUGACUUUUACUUGAGUUAUUUUCUAUUAAGGUAUCUUUACUUUUACUCAAGCAUGACAAUUGGGUACUUUUUCCAUCAUAGAUAUAAACAUUAGGCCUAGGGCUAUAUGUUGAGACUGGUAAAACAAGUACAGUAGAGUGCAGAUACUUAUGGUAUGUUCUUAUGUAUAUAUGUAAAGUAUGCAUGGUGUGUAUUCAGGGCUCUAAAUUGCGACCAUUUUGGUAGCAUAUGCUCCUAAAUACAGUAUUUUGCUGUGCGACCUGGAAUUUUUAUUUGGGAGCACCAGUGCGCCUAGAAAAAAAAUUGCACAGGUAAUAAUUUUAGUAAUUAUUAUGCUUCACUGUACCGCAGCCUCCGAGUGAACUGUUCAAACUUUACCGUUCAAACUUUAUGACCAUAUCACCAGUGCAACGUUUUUUUCUUUGACUGACCGGACUUCAUUUUACAUAUAGAAAUCAUGUCGCGGCCGUUCUGAAACUACUUGCGGUCCGCUAACUAUUUGUAAAUGACCUUGUUGUCAUCAUGUUACAUCAUUAGCUAGAUAGCUAGCUAACAACCUGCCAACUUUAACAGUAGUAAGCAAACAUUUGGUGGCACAGAAACAAAGUAAAAGGGAUACUUCUUCAAAUAGUAGUUUAACUUGAUUAAUCUCACAACAGUGCUACCAAUGAAAAAUGUUAAUUUAGAAUCCUCUGUGUAUUUAAUGUUUGUAUACCGCAAAGUAUGACUUCUGUGUUACUUUUGCCAAAGAAAAUGUCCACAAUAGUCAUUCUAUUCUAUAUGUGUUGCACACAAUGUAUGCGAUACAAUGAGCCGCAGAAUUUGUAAUAAUUUGGAUUAAGUACUGCUCCGUCAAUUCAAAAUAUUGUUAUAAUCAAUUAUGUGCACUGGAAUGGCUGUUAAGUAAACAGAAGACGUUGAUCAUAGUGUUUUAAGAACACAUUCAAGCUUCAUGUGCAUUUCUGAUUUUGGUUCGAACAAUGUUCAGUAACAUCAAUAUUUAUUAAAACAAUUAUCUAGAUCACUCAAGGGAGUAUUGCACAUAGCUGAAGGAACAUUGCGAAGUGACCAUUAGGAGGCACUAAAGGGCACAAAAGGUGGACUGGUCUCAACAUUGCCACUUAACCUGUCUAUCAAGAGAAAGAUGUCCAGACUCACUCAGAUACAGUACAUCCCCCACAGGUGACAAAGUUCUCUGAUGGUAAGUAGCCUACUACCUGCACCAAACAAUAGUACCUGUUUGGCCAAAGAUGCAAGUCCUAAGAAAGAUACGAUUUUGUCGUGAAACAGGUUAGAAUUUAGAUUCCACAGAUCUGGUAUUGACUCUCCUCCCACCCAUACCUGAUUAGUGAGCCUUUUAAUUUGUUUUGUUUUCGUUAGCUUUUGGCUAAGGGUGGAGUGAUUUCACUGCAUGUCAUCUAGGUAGAGCCCCCUCUCCUCUCCCUCAUUUCGUAGCAUAAAAAGGCCUUUGUCCAAGACUCCUCACUCACUCCUCUCUACUCAGACCAGAUAGCACUUUCCGUCACCAUGACCUCCUUCUCCAACAACAGCUUUGUGUCCUCUGGUGAAUCCAUAAAGGGAGCAUCUAUGGGCUCCUUUCGCCACAUGUCCAUGUCUAGUGGAGGUAGACACAUCAGCGCCACGAGGGUCGGCAGCAUGUACGGGGGUGCCGGUGGGUCUGGGGUGCGCAUCUCCAGUGCCUCCAGCACCUUCUCUGCUGGCAGUGAGGCUGGUGGUAGCUCCGCUGUCUACGAAGGCCACCAUGCAGAACAUGAAUGAUCGUCUGGCCUCCUACCUGGACAAGGUCCGCUCCCUGGAGAAGGCAAACGCUGAUCUAGAGAUGAAGAUCCACCAGUUCCUGAAGAAAAAAGCCACACCUGAGGCUCACGACUGCUCUACCUUCAAAGUCGUCAUCAACAAACUCCAAAACCAGGUAAGUCCACCAAACAAUCCUCUGCUAAACAGGUAGCUUCUAUUAAACAGAGUCAGACUGUGGUGAAGGGAAUGGAAGAGGGAAUGUAGAAGAGGUUUAGAAAGAUGGGCCUUAGUGUCAGUAUAAUGGUGUGAGCGUCGUCAUGCCCUCUGUGAUCCCUUUUGAUACAAAAGAAUAAGCAUUCAGAAAAGACUUGCUUGGAUACAUAGAUUUUUUUUUAAAUGAAUUUGAAUAGUGUUCAUUGACAUCAAUGGAUAAACUUACAGCCAUUUUAAACACAAAAUGAAGCACAAUGUUUAUAUGCUUCCAACUCUGUUGGAACAGAACCCUCAGUAAGAUAAAAGCAGAGUGGGUAUUUUUGCAUCAACAGUUUUUUCCUGUGUUUCCAUUCACUCUGAGCCACAUCCAAACCACAGGAGGUUGGUGGCACCUUAAUUGGGGAGAACGGGCUCGUGUUAAUGACUGGAGCGGAAAUGAUUGGAAAGGUAUCAAAUACAUCCAACACAUGGUUUCCACUGCCAUUAUUAUGAGCCAUUCUCCCCUCCUGUGAUCCAAACUGAGUUUCCCUUAGGCCUAUAGACCUAGGCCUAUACUAAAAAGGGUUUAUUUGGUCAGGAAUGCUUAGAGAGCAAGCCUUAGGGAAAGGAUCGUUAACUGCCAGAUUUUAUUUGCCCCCCCACCCAAAGUUUUCUGAGUCCGAUUUUCUUUCUUCGUUUCUGGACAUAAAAAACUGUAAAAUCUCUAGAAAUUUGCUCAUUUUAAUUUAGGAAUGCUAUUCCCAAGUAUUUCCCCUCAUAAAUAGAGAGACAUGCAGUAUGUGAUCGUGUACCAAUGUAAUCAAGGUUUGAAAGGAUCUGUUUCGGAUUCUUCCGUCAAUUUGCAGAGUAUAAAUUAUUUAUAAUUAUGUUCCAGCCCCCCGACCAUCCACUCAGUACAAAAAUCAGCCCUGCCUUAAGGGGUAACAUAAAGUUGGUUCUCAUUCUGUGUAGUUAAUACCAGGCACUGUAAAACAAGAAUGAAGACAGGCUACCUCAGCCUGUUUUAUGUAAAAUUGAGUGUGUUCUCUCUUUUUGCAUCCCAUGCAACCCAUAUUAGCUGAUUGCAAAAUAGUUUGUUUCUUUCACAGUAGGUUUGUGCAACUCUCUGCACUGUCGUGAGCCAGAUUUGCCAAUUAUUCAACCAUUUAUCCCAACAUUUGUGAUUGGCAUUGUACCCGUCUUCUUUCUAUUCCAUUGUGACAGUGACAUUCCUCUGUGCCCCCUUUCAGAUCUUUGAUGCCACUCGUAUGAAUGGAGGAUUUCAUGGAAAGUGUUGACGGCAAGGUGAUCAGUGAGACCAAGACCAAGUGAGACACAUCUUGAAACGGGGACUUCACAGAACAGAACACCAUCCCUCUGAUGCCUGAUGUCAAUCUUUCUCAGAAGCUGUGAUUCAGUUGGGUUGUGUAAACUUGUGUCUUGGAAUUUAUAUAAGCCCUCUGAAACCUUCAGAGAGAUUUGUCAAUAAAACAAAGCCCUAAAUCUUUUGUUUCAUUUUUGUUUUGAUUUGACAAAAAAAUACAAAAAAAGGUUAUCCAAAACAUAGCUGUGCGAAUUAGGCCAAGAUUGAUUAUAUUGCUGUUUUGGUUGAGUAGGCUGUAUCAUGAUGUCUAUUGAAACAAUAACAAUGAUUUUGUACACAGAGAAAGAAUGAUACAGUAUACCGUACUCUCCCCUAUAGAGUUAAGCAAUGCCAAACAGAUGAGCCUAGAUCCUAACAUAAUAUGCACUAACAUAAUUGAUCAUGUCACUUUCACUGAAAAUGGCAAAGGCCUACACCAUCGGAGGCUGGCGGGAGGACCUAUAGCAGGAUGGGCUCAUUGUAAAGACUGGAAUGGAAUAUAUGCAACCGUAUCAACCAUAUAGAAACCACAUGUUUAUAGCUCCUCCCACCAGACUCCUCUGGCCUACACACAGAGUAACAUUGCAUUUUUAAAUAAACAGCUAUUUUUUGCUCCCUACAUGAAGUGUCAUACUGUUUAAUCAGAGGCAAGGCUGCCCUCUUAUGCCAUGUCAUAGUAAUGCAGUUCCAUCACUUCUAUGGCAGAGGGCUUCAAAUUCAAAAGCUAUUUGACUUGUAGGAUAUGAAUGGGAUUCAGUUUUAUUAAUCUGGCAUGGAUAGUGUAACUUCCAGCUAAACAUUUUGUGGGGUGGUAGGUAGCCCAGCAGUUGUAGCCAAAAGGUUGACUAUUCAAAUCCCAGGCCAGGCGCUGGAAUAAAAGUGGGGAAAUUGAUCUGGCAACUGGAGGGCUGCUGGGGUUAUAUCCUAACAACAAUCCCCUACCGUACCUUAACCCCACAUCAUGCUCUCCAUCCAGGGGUGCUGCACUGCAGCUUGACCCUGUGCUCCUCCCAACUGUGUGUCUGUAUGAUGUGUGUGGAGAGUUGAGAAAUGCAGAGAGCAGAAUACAAUAAAGUUGUAUUGUGUUAUUUUAGGCCUUUUUCACACUAGCCUACUGAGUUGACAAGCUGUACUGCUCUGGCCUGGUCAACUUCAAGAGAUUCUGAAACUCUGUGAAACUGUGACAGUCAGUUUAUGAGUAGCUGUCCAGUGUUUCCAGAUUUCUAUGAAAUAUGACCUAUAAUUCAUUAGUGAAAUAGUUUUCUUUCCAAAUUUCUAUAAGUAUGUUCAAAAGCAGCUUUUCUGUGUUGGAAUAGUGUGGGCAUACCCCAGCAACAGAAUGGUGUGGGCGUAUACCGGUCCAUAAAAAUAUUCACGCGAGUAGACCGCUGAUUGGCCAGCUCCUCUAUGAGGAAAUAGCAAGCAUUUUUUAAACGUCUGUUUGAGAUAAAAGUUUGAGGUGGAUUUCUUUAUACUUUAAUACUUGCAGCCUGUAUUUGAGUUGGCUUACCACAGACACAUAGCUAGCCCCUUUCCAAUGCUCAAUCAAAGAGAUUGAAAAAUAAUUUGAUUUCACUCAGUUUGAUGGCUUUACUUUUUGAAAGAUAUGUGACAUUUACUUUUUAUUCUUAUGUUUGCUCUACGUCACGUAUGUUUUCUCCUCAAGUCUGGGUUUAAUUUAGCUUAGCAAGCUAACAUGGCCUAAUGUGUCAAAUGUUUCUUAGAAGAAGAUAAUGGUAGCUAGUAUGAAAGGACCAUACAACAUGGCAAAACAGGUAAUAUGACUAGAGUUCGCUACCUAGCUACCUAAAUUAGCUAACUUUAGCUUUCACUGAACUGCAGUUUUAGCAUGGUGCCCUUCAACUGUCAUGAUAUUUGAAUUGAACCACAGUAGUAAGUUCUGAGGAUUUUAGCACUCGCAGUGCACACAGAUUCAAGUCAGCCCAUUAGAGUUUGACUUGUCGGCUAACUCCAGGGUGGGCCCUGGCCCGUGGGAUAAAGGGAUUGUUCACCCAAAUUACGAAAUGACAUAUUGGUUUCUUUACUCCGUAAGCAGUCUAUGGACAAGGUAUCAAUCCAUGCUUUGGUUUAGUUUCCCUGGCACUGUUUCCAAAUGCUAACAUUUUAGCAUUUGUGUCAAUAAUCCCAUUCAAGUCAUGGUACUGAUAUUAGCAUUUUUCACACAUCAUGUUCAAAUAAUCUAUAGGUGACUUUGUUGAGCUUCACAGUCAAAUUUAGAUACUUUCGGAUGCCAAAACCAUCACAAAACCAGCCUUUUCUGGCUCCUCAUCCCUCAUCUCACUACUGCCUCCUCAUACAUGUGUUACUGAAACUUUAAUUGAUAAAAGGAAAUCACCUUAAAUAUGCAUAACAAGUGACAUCACACUUCAGAGACUUUAGCAAUGAGUACAGUAUGAAGAUAGGCAGAAACUGCUUCUCCAAUAGAAAUCUUGUGCAUGUGCAGGCACUCCUUCGAUAUAGUUGUUUUUGACGAAAAUGAAAAUGUGUCAGUUUGUCACUUUCACGAGGUUGGAGUAAUAUGUUCAGCUACAUAAGACAUUGGCUCAAAUCUAGAUUGUGCUUUUAGAUUUUGAGAAAAUUAACAACUUCCCAACUCCAAACGAUUCUGCAGCGUGACACGUUCCCGGAAGUGUAGCAAUGUUGGGCCUAUGGGUUUAGAAACUCUGUGACUUUAGCAUAAAAAUGUCAAUAACCUAUAUGUUGUGCACCUUCAAGGGGAAUGAGGCCAUCUAUGACACUAGGGGGCAUCAGUGAGAAAUAUCAGAGGUGUUGUCAGUCAGUGGAGAGGAAUCUACAGUAGAAUGACCCCACACCAAUUCAGUAGCAGCACUGCAGCACAAUAUUGUGCCAACAUAACAUACACACAUAAUAAAGAUCUACAGAGAUGUCAGGAAAGGGUUAAUGGGUAUUAGCUUACUGACAUACUUUUUAUUUUAAGAUUGAAUACAUUGGGAUAAAACUUUAGGCUAAUCUUCAUUUAAGGAUAUUAUACUACUCCUCCAUUGCAGAUAUAGUCAAAAUGAUAUAGAUUGCAAUAAUCAAAAAAUUAUACGUUAUAUAAAAAAACUUUGACUGAUUUUUGGACACAUUUUGUUUCUAAGUGUUGUCAGUUUGAUGUCAAUGAACUCUGCAGGGCAUUGAGAUACGGUAUGUUAGUGUCAUAAGUGAAACUUAGUUACAAAGGUGUAGAAACUGGUUUGUCACCUCUGUCAACAUGAUUGCUCAUGUAUGCAGUUGGCAUACUUUGAAUAGACAGGUCAUACAUGCUUGUGUUGCUUUUCUUCAGGUGUAGCCUAUACGACACAUACAGUACAUCCUACUUUGAUGAACGAUACAAAACCUCUAAAAAGGGUGUGUGAUGUUUUUGGCUUCAAGUUAGCAUCACCCCCUGUUUCAUGGGAACAAACCCAUGAAGUAUCACUUGUUGGUGGAAAACUACAAUUUUUUCAGAUAUGGUGCUUGUGUAGUUGAGGUAUUGCAUGAGGUAGAAACAAUCUUUGUAAUCUUGAGCAUUUCAAUAAAAUAGGCAUCAUCAGAGUUCUCACUCGACUCCAGAAAGUCCUGAAAUUAAGUUUGGGAAAGCUUACAGAACCUUACACUCUAACCAUAAUUAAAAAUCAUAGUAAACUCUAAUAAGGACCUGCUGUAAACUGUUCUAAGAAGCCUUUUAAAACUUUAACCUUUGUGAACAAGAUAUUUCUUGCAACUGAUUGUCUUUUCGCUGUCUUGUUUCCUGAGAGAGGUGACCUCACCCUUUCUCACUUAUUAAUUCUGCUACAAACAUAACAAAUUUAAAUAGGAAUUCCAAACUCCAAUCUGCACUCUUGUGGUUUUGCAUCCAAGAUAAUCAAUAUUCAAAUUCGUUAGCCAACAACACAGAAUACAUUUCUAUCGGACUAACUUUCAAAAAGUGUUUUUUAAAUCCAGUCUACUGUACACUCCUUUAUAGUGUAAAGCAAUGUUUAACACGUCAACCAAUUCAGUGUACACUACUCUAGAAUUUUCACAGGACUUUGGAUUGUGUCAAGUUCAUUACAAUAGAUAUGAUUUGGAAACAUUUACAUUACAUUUUAGUCAUUUAGCAGACGCUCUUAUCCAGAGCGACUUACAGGAGCAAUUAGGGUUAAGUGCCUUGCUCAAGGGCACAUUAACGUCAUUUAGCAGACGCUCUUAGCCAGAGUGACUCACAAAUUGGUGCGUUCACCCUAUAGCCAGUGGGAUAACCACUUUACAAUUUGGGGGGGGGGGGGGGGGGGGGGGGGGGGUUAGAAGGAAUACUUUAUCCUAUCCCAGGUAUUCCUUAAAGAGGUGGGGUUUCAAAUGUCUCCGGAAGGUGGUGAGUGACUCCGCUGUCCUGGCGUCGUGAGGGAGCUUGUUCCACCAUUGGGGUGCCAGAGCAGCGAACAGUUUUGACUGGACUGAGCGGGAGCUAUGCUUCCGCAGAGGAAGGGGAGCCAGCAGGCCAGAGGUGGAUGAACGCAAUGCCCUCGUUUGGGUGUAGGGACUGAUCAGAGCCUGAAGGUACAGAGGUGCCGUUCCCCUCACUGCUCCAUAGGCAAGCACCAUGGUCUUGUAGCGGAUGCGAGCUUCAACUGGAAGCCAGUGGAGUGUGCGGAGGAGGGGGGGUGACGUGAGAGAACUUGGGAAGGUUGAACACCAGACGGGCUGCGGCAUUCUGGAUGAGUUGUAGGGGUUUAAUGGCACAGGCAGGGAGGCCAGCCAACAGCGAGUUGCAGUAGUCCAGACGGGAGAUGACAAGUGCCUGGAUUAGGACCUGUGCCGCUUCCUGUGUAAGGCAGGGUCGUACUCUCCGAAUGUUGUAGAGCAUGAACCUGCAGGAGCGGGUCACCGCCUUGAUGUUGGCGGAGAACGACAGGGUGUUGUCCAGGGUCACGCCUAGGCUCUUCGCACUCUGGGAGGAGGACACAGCGGAGUUGUCAACCGUGAUGGCGAGAUCAUGGAAGGGGCAGUCCUUCCCCGGGAGGAAGAGCAGCUCCGUCUUGCCAGGGUUCAGCUUGAGGUGGUGAUCCGUCAUCCAUACUGAUAUGUCUGCCAGACAUGCAGAGAUGCGAUUCGCCACCUGGUUAUCAGAAGGGGGAAAGGAGAAGAUUAGUUGUGUAUCGUCAGCGUAGCAAUGAUAGGAAAGGCCAUGUGAGGAUAUGACAGAGCCAAGUGACUUGGUGUAUAGGGAGAAAAGGAGAGGGCCUAGAACUGAGCCCUGGGGGACACCAGUGGUGAGAGCACGUGGUGCGGAGACAGCUUCUCGCCAUGCCACUUGGUAGGAGCGACCGGUCAGGUAGGACGCAAUCCAGGAGUGAGCCGCGCCGGAGAUGCCCAGCUCGGAGAGGGUGGAGAGGAGGAUCUGAUGGUUCACAGUAUCAAAGGCAGCAGACAGGUAUAGAAGGACAAGAGCAGAGGAGAGAGAGUUAGCUUUAGCGGUGCGGAGAGUCUCCGUGACACAGAGAAGAGCAGUCUCAGUUGAAUGACCAGUCCUGAAACCUGAUUGGUUUGGAUCAAGAAGGUCAUUCUGAGAGAGAUAGCAAGAGAGUUGGCUAAAGACGGCACGCUCAAUAGUUUUGGAAAGAAAAGAAAGAAGGGAUACUGGUCUGUAGUUGUUGACAUCAGUGGGGUCGAGUGUUGGUUUUUUGAGAAGGGGAGCAACUCUCGCUCUCUUGAAGACGGAAGGGACAUGGCCAGCGGUCAAGGAUGAGUUGAUCAGCGAGGUGAGGUAGGGGAGAAGGUCACCGGAGAUGGUCUGGAGAAGGGAGGAGGGGAUGGGGUCAAGCGGGCAGGUUGUUGGGCGGCCUGCAGUCACAAGUCGCAGGAUUUUAUCUGGAGAGAGAGGGGAGAAAGAAGUCAAAGCAUAGGGUAGGGCAGUGUGAGCAGGACCAGCAGUGUCAUUAGACUUAACAAACGAGGAUCGGAUGUCGUCAACCUUCUUUUCAAAGUGGUUGACGAAGUCAUCCACAGAGAGAGAGGAGGGGGGGGGGGGGGGGGGGGGGGGGGAUUCAGGAGGGAGGAAAAUGUGGCAAAGAGCUUCCUAGGGUUAGAGGCAGAUGCUUGGAAUUUAGAGUGGUAGAAGGUGACCUUAGCAGCAGAAACAGAUGAAGAAAAUGUAGAGAGGAGGGAGUGAAAAGAUGCCAGGUCGGCAGGGACCUGACAUUAUUGAUUGUUUGUGUAGGUGGAGUUCUCACAUACAGUAAUGUGUCAUCCUUGUCUCACCCUAGUAUUAGUCUAAAGAGCAAGUAAGGCCUCAAGGCUGUCAGGUCAUCAUAAUUACCAGUGCUACAGUUAGGGAUUACUUUCAAAUGUCAUCUGUUUCUCAACAGUCAUAAAUUAUAAUUUUAUGACUUGUUUGCAUUGGUGACCUUCAAUGGAAAAAACUGUCUAAAAUCAACAAUUACUUUUGUCGGCUGAACAGGUUUGAAUCUUAACUAUUUUGGAAUGAAUGCCUGGUGUGCCCUUUUAAAGUAUGUAAUUACUGUAUUGAGUUCAAGUGUUGUCUGUAUCCUCCUCUCCUCUCACAGCAUAAAAGGAGCUUAGACCAACUGCUCUGCACUCACCUUUCUCCAGCCAGAGCAGUAAGACAUCAGCAGACUCCAUCAACAUGUCCUUCUCCAGCAGCAGCUUCAGAUCCUCCUCAGGUGGAUCCAUGAGGGGCUCAUCUAUGGGAUCCUCACGUAUGUCCAUGUCUGGAGGUGGUGGCAUGUCCAUGUCUGGUGGUGGCAGCCGCAUCAGUGGCAGCGUGUACGGGGGUGCUGGUGGCUCUGGGGUGCGCAUCUCCAGUGCCAAAGCCUCCAAGUCCUUCUCUGCUGGUGGUGCUGGCUUUGGUGGAGGCUCCAGCUUCAGUAUGUCUGGUGGAGGAAGUGACAGCCAUGUCAUCGGCAACGAGAAGUUCUGCAUGCAGAACCUGAACGACCGUCUGGCCACCUACCUGGCCAAAGUCCACACCCUGGAGAAGGCCAACGCUGAGCUGGAGCUGAAGAUCCGCCAGUUCCUCGAGGCCAAGACCUCCCCCACUGCUCGCGACUAUGGUUCAUCCCAUGUCAUCAUCAGUGACCUCCAAUCCAAGGUAGGCUAUUGUAUGCCAGCAUUGUUACACCACAUAUUGAAAAAGUUGCACUAUGUAUUUUAUUUCUAAUUUAAAACAACAACAAAAAGUAUUAAUUUUCUUUUCAGAUACAGGAAGCCAUCCGUAUGAAUGGUGCAGUCCAUCUCAGCAUUGACAAUGCCAGGCUUACCUCUGAAGACUUCAAAAUGAAGUGAGUUCACUCACCAAAUGCCAAAUAUUUUGUCCACUCACUCAGACAAAUAUUAUGACUCAAUUCCAGAAAAGUAACCGACUGAUUAGAGUCUAGUGUACAAAUAAAAAUAUUGAUGCCAUCUGUCAUGUAAAAAAGCUCACACUGUGAAAUAGCUCACAAUCAAUGAUUAUGAUUGACUGUGAGCUUUUUACAUGACUCUGUCAACCUAAUAGACUGACAGAGCAAGUUGAGACACACUGGUACACUGUAAAUAAUGUCAUGCUUUAUGAUGUAGGUAUGAGAUCGAGCUGUCCAUGCGUCAGUCAGUGGAAGCAGACAUCGCUGGGCUGAGGAGAGUUCUGGAAGAGCUGAAUAUGUCCAAGAAGGACCUGAGCAUGCAGAUCGAGGGGCUGAGAGAGGAGUUGGUCUUCCUCAAGAAAAACCAUGAGGAGGUAGGGUUCUACUUUUCCUUUUUCUGAUUCCCAUACUUAUGGAGGACUAAAAGUGCCACAAUUAAAUAAAUAAAUACACCAUUAAAUAAUUACUUAAAUGUGUCAUUAAUUAAUUCAAAUUUGAAUUAAAUACAUAAAUGUGUUAUUAAAUGUGUCAUUAAUUAAUUCAAAUACCGAUUCAUUUUAUGUAAAAUACAUAUAUAAUAAUUUCACUAUUUACAUUUACAUUUCAUGGUCCUGCGUUGCAGUGAUUCAUGAAUUACUUAAAACUGUCAAACUGACCCAUCAAAAGUUGGUAGGCGGAACCUAACGCCUGAUUGGUUACCCUCUGCAUCAAGCCAAGACAAAUCAAUUCCGGAUAAUGGAUUGAUGCAGAGCUACUGAACACAUUCCAAUACACUGGGUGGCGCUAUUCACCUCUACAUUGGUUUAGUUACACGGUUAAACAGAACUUUCAUUGCAACGGCUAAAAAUCAAGAGAAGACUCGGUCCUGCUAGCCCCAAUGUUGAGACGCUGUGUGAGGUGCAGUUUGAAUUAAUUAAUGACACAUUUAAUAACACAUUUAUGUAUUUAAUUCAAAUUUUAAUUAAUUAAUGACACAUUUAAGUAAUUAUUUAAUGGUGUAUUUAUUUAUUUAAUUGUGGCACUUUUAGUCCUCCAUAGGUACCAGGUACUUUUUUUCGUAAUGGAAAACCAAAAAAGGCAAGGCGAGGCGAGUAGGUACCAUGUAAUGGAAAAGCACCAUUAGAUUUUGAAGAAGUGUAAUAUCGUUACAUGGUAAGUUUAGUCUUUUCCUGGUUUCAAAGGCUGCAUUACAGUAAAGUGAUGUCAUUUUCUGAACUUACCAGACUGUUCUAGCUGUUCUAUUAUUUGCCUUUUACCACUUAGUCAUUAUAUCCACAAUAUGAUAGUUAUUUAUCCGAAAUCUAAAUGUGGAAGAUAUUUUGUGAAUGCACCAAUUGUCAACCUUACAAUAUCGUUACAAUAUCGACAUCAAGGUGUUAGGUCAAAAAUGUGAUAUUUGAUUUUCUCCAUAUUGCCCAGCCCUAAUGUCAAUGCAUACACAGUUCAGAUGAAUUGACACAAGUUCAGUGUCUUUGAAAACAUUAACACACUGUGCAGUAGUUUACUUUUUUUUCUUCCAUUUACUAAAAUCAAACUGUUCUGCACCUUCAGUGCUAACAGUACAGCAUUCAUGUUAGUCAUUCUGUGGACCAUAAUGAGACAGGAAGCUUCAAAGAAACAGCUUUUUUUCCUUUCUUUUAAAAGGAAAGUAAACUUUCAGUUUUUCCUUGCUUGUUCUAACACAACAAAUAAAAACAUGGGUUGGACAUCAGUCUAAGAUUCUUGAUAACACUUCCACAGUCUCUACAUAUAGUCUAAGUGCAUCAGUAACAGAAACUCCUGGAGCUGGCAAAAUUGCAACCUCUUCAUCUGAGAGCUCACGGGCCAGCUGAACCUCGGGGACUGACACAGUGCCUCGAUGAAGGCAGUGAGGUCCGUUCCAAUCGAUCCCAUAUUCUUCAGGAACCUGAAUGGAUGACAAGCAUAAUCAGUCUUGUACUUAAAACUAGUUUGACAUGUCCUUACACAAGAUUGUUAUUUUUGGUCACCAAGGCAGUGAGAAAUUAAAUGUUACUUAUUCAGUUUUUUUAAAUAAUACAGCUUUGCAUAGUAUGCACUGUAGAAACUACAGCUCACAGGUUGAUCUUUAAAAGCUCGGGAGAUUUUAAAGAGACAAUAAUCUAUAGUAAAUGUUUCAUUUAAAGUAUCACAUUUAGCACCAUUUUUUUCUCCCAUAAUUCCUUUGGGGAAACAAUUUUAAGAAAGUGUUUAAAGUUCAUUGUUAACCUCAGUAGGAUCCUCCUCAGGGCCUUGCUCUCUGUAACUUCUCCAGAGUUGCUGUGGUGACUGAUUCCUUUCAGUUCUAAGACCGUGGAAGUUCCAAGCAUCUCGAAAAGAGUCGAGGCUUUGCUGAACCAGUGGAAGGAAAAUCCGGUGCAGAGCGAAAAGAUGGACUUCAUUGUCUGGAUUCAGUGUCUCCUGAUCUUCCAAUGAAGUAAAGAUCUGAUAGAAGAGGUCCAGGGCAUGUUCAUAAACAUCUCUCCACAUCCUCUCUAUUCUGUGUUUAGGAUAAAAUUGAGAAAUUGUUAAUUUAUGACAUAUGCUAAAGUACAUUCAACUAGUAUGUUAGUUGUGUGAGCCUAGUUGCCAAACAUAUUUCUUUACCGCUGAUUGUGGACACUUCUGCCUGUGAUGUGUGAAUUCCUGUCGGUACCUCUGCUUCUGAUCAUGAAUUCUGCUACAUCUGCAUUCUCCCCCCCUUUGUCAGACCGUACCCUUGAUGGCAGCCCAUACUGCUCAACAGCGGCGAUAAAGCUCUGUAAGACCGUAUGAGCUCUAUUAUUGCCGGCCACAGUCAGGUAGACCACUAAACGACUGAAUCCAUCCACCCCACCGUGGACAACAAAUCUCCACCUGUUGCAAACACAUGAAAAAAUAUAACUUUAUUGUAUAACAAUUGUAAUGAAACAUAGAAAGAUGCAUUGUUUAUCUGCUAAUAUCACUGACCUGAUAAGCUUAUGGUGGCCAUCUAUAUGCCACAAAGAGUUUGGGCCAGGAACAAAAUACUGCCGUCGCCUUAAUACACGCAGCCUCAGACGUCUCAUGUAGACUCCCUCUGCAUUGACUCUGCGUAAAGACUCUUGCAGUCUUGAGACUGAGGGGAGGAAUUUAAAAUGAAUAACCACACACUCACUGGCUACUUAUUUUGAGGAUAUAGUGGUGUCAUAAUAAAAUAAAUAAUGUGUGUAAAACAGUCAACUAUUACAGAACCACCACAGCUUCAAAAAUGUACUUUACUGUCAGAUAUUGUACAUAUACAUACAUACAUACAUACACAUAUAUAUACACAUAUAUAAAAAUUAUAUAUACAUAUACAUAUAUAUAUAUAUAUAUACACACAUACAUAUACAUACAUACAUACAUACAUAUAUUUAUAUAUAUAUACAUACAUAUACAUACAUAUAUAUACAUACAUACAUAUAUUUAUAUAUAUAUAUUUAUAUAUAUAUAUAUACAUACACACAUAUAUAUACAUAUAUAUACACAUAUACAUAUACAUAUAUAUACACACAUAUAUAGAUAGAUAGAUAGAUAGAUAGAUAGAUAGAUAGAUAGAUAGAUAGAUAGAUAGAUAGAUAGAUAGAUAGAUAGAUAGAUAGAUACCACAUGCUCGAACAGAGAUGACCUGAGAUUUUUUGCCUCCUAUGAUAUUUUGCUUUUCUAUGAUUAUAUUAUACCCUUUACAGCAGGGGCACAUCCGGACAGCUGAGAAUAUUACUGUCAGAUAUUGUUCCACCUCUAUUAAACAGGAGGCUAAAAAUCACAGGACAUGUCUAUCCUGAUGAUACAAGUCAGCCGUCCUGAAAUGUGUGUUUCUCUUCACAUUUCUUCUACACAUUCUACAUCUCAGAGGCGAUGUCUUUCCAUAAGCGGGCUUCCUUCACCUUUCAAAGGGGCAGAGCUCCAAAUUAAAAAUACAUUUAAAUAAUGCCCAUAUUAUUAUCUACUCACUUGGAACAUGCACACCUCUUGCAUUCAGGUGACCACGCAUUAGCUUGUAGCCGGUGUUUGGAUGACUUCUGUGAAUUUCACUUACAAUACGGUCUAACUCCUCAUCAUUCACAGCUGAAUAGAGAUCUGUCUUUCUGUACAAACAAGAAAAACACAACAUCAAGUAAUGUUACCUUAAACGUCAUAUUCUUUCCGAGUGUAUGAGAGCAGCAAUUCAUAAACAGAAAACUCAUGAAUUUAGUGUAAAUACCUUAAACUGUAUUGUUGCAUGCGCCUCCUGAUGGUCCUCUUUGACACACCGAACAUCGCUGCAAUUUGAACUGCGGGAACUCCACAAAGAAGUUGGUGCUCCAGAACUGCACUCGGUAUGUCAAACGCCAAACGCCCCGGUCCCUGUGUGUGUUGGGCCUGAAGUGCCCUGGUACCAGAGAAGCGGUGGACAACUUCUUCUAGAUUUGCAAUCACUCUGUGGUCGAUAUCUUCGUCAGAAAGUGCGGAAAUGACUCCAACAACUUCAAUAAGUUCCUCUGCUUUACUAGCUACAUGCUCUGGGUCAGCAGGUCCUGCUUCUACAUCCUCUGCUAAGUUUAAAAUGUCUCUAACCAACUCCCUGGAAAGUUCACGGAGAUCCUCCAUUGUCUCUAUCCAGGUUGGCCUACUCUCCUUCAGACCAAAGCAAUGGAUCAGACUAGAUUCGCGUUAGCCCCGCCCACUGACUUUGAUGGGUCAGUUUGACAGUUUUAAGUAAUUCAUGAAUCACUGCAACGCAGGAUCAUGAAAUGUAAAUGUAAAUAGUGAAAUAAUUAUAUAUGUAUUUUACAUAAAAUGAAUCGGUAUUUGAAUUAAUUAAUGAUACAUUUAAUUACACAUUUAUGUAUUUAAUUCUAAUUUGAAUUAAUUAAUGACACAUUUAAGUAAUUAUUUAAUGGUGUAUUUAUUUAUUUAAUUGUGGCACUUUUAGUCCUCCAUACAUACUAGCCUAUCUAUAGUGUCUGCUCUUAAAAUAACAGAUCCAGCCAGGCAAUACUGUACAACAUUUUAGUAAGCAAGAAAUACAUCAUAAUAGAAACACUUGAACAAAUCUAGAACCACUUUCUGAACCAUGAUGAUGACCUAGAGACCUAAACCCGUUUCAUUGUCCUUCUUCAGGAGCUGUUGUCCAUGCGUGCCCAGAUGAGCGGCCAGGUCCAUGUGGAGGUGGACGCUGCACCACAGGAAGACCUCAGCAAAGUCAUGGCUGAGAUUCGCGAACACUACGAGGCUGUCGCUGCCAAGAGCAACAGAGAUCUGGAGGGCUGGUUCCACGCCAAGGUAAUACUGUUUCUCAUUAUAAAAAUGAUUCCAUAAUGUAGGUCCACAUUAUUCAAAAUGUCCCAUCAAUUAAAUUGUCCAUGUUAAAACAUUAUUUUGGAUGGUGUUGUCCACAGACUGAGGCGCUGAACAAGGAGGUCGCAAUUAGCACAGAAGUUAUCCAAACGUCCAGAUCUGAAAUUUCAGAAGUCAAACGCACACUGCAGAGUCUUGAAAUCGAACUUCAAUCACAUAUGAGCAUGGUAAGACUGUUCAAAAAUAUUUUAAAAUAUUUAUUUUGUUUCAAUGUCUGCCACACAUCUAUUGAAUUUGCUCAACUAAUUCCUGAUGUUUUGUUUUGCUCUUCACUUCUCCCCAACAGAAAUCAUCCAUGGAAAAUACCCUUGCAGAGACAAAGAACCGUUUCUCCAUGCAGCUGUCGGGUUAUCAGAUGCAGGUGACCAGCUUGGAGGAACAGUUGGUAAAUCUCAGGGCUGACUUGGAACGCCAGGGCCAGGAAUACAAGAUGCUGCUGGACAUCAAGACCAGGCUGGAGAUGGAAAUCGCUGAGUACAGGAGACUGCUGGACGGAGAGAUGACAAGCAGGUGAGCCAAACAAGCCUAUUCUAUUAGUUCAUCAAAUUGUAUUCUUAAGCUAUCAAGGGUGUUUUGAUCCUAAACUUUGAGCAGGUUCUAGGCUAGGCUCACUGACUUUCUUAAUAGCAAAACAGUGGCCCCACCAGUUUGUACACUACCAGUAGAAUCAUGUCCAAAAUUUGCAAGGUCAAGACCUUGCUAUAUUGUGUUUGGUACAGUCGAUUAUGUGCUCAAUGGUGUUUUCUGUUUGGUCCACAGUGUCUCCUCCUCCUCCUCCUCCUCCUCCUCCACCAGCACCAGGAAGGUCAUCACUGUGAUAGAAAAGGUGGUGGAUGGGAAAGUGGUCUCCUCCACCCAAUCCUCAGCUUCUUCAUAUGCACGCCAC